UGCAGUGGCCACUCCUGUCUACCCCCGUCUCCGUGAUACGCAUGCACGCAGAUGAACAGACAGAUGGACAAACUUCUGCUGGAGCUCAAGGGCUGAAGGACACCGUAAAGCGCAGAGGAUUUUUGCGUAAAAGGCGCAACGGUGCGCACUGGAGCUUGUCACUACAGUCUGCUACAGUCUAAGCGGAGUCUGUGUGACAGCAUGAUAAGGCUACAGUGUGGCAGUCGGACUCCGACCCGGCCUUCAUGAGCCCGUUGGCCGCGCUGCUGUGGCUCGGACGGGAUCAGACCGACGCGGCGCAGAUGGUGGCAAACCUGAGCGCAGCGCAGGAGGCGGGGACGGCGACCGCGGCACGGCACAACCUGCCGGCCCUGGUUUUCGGGGUGCUGCUGAUCGUUGUCAUCAUCUGCGGCAACUUGAUGGUGUGUCUGAGUGUGUUCGUCGAAAAGGCACUGAAGACCACCACCAACUACUUCAUCGUGAGUCUGGCAGUGGCGGAUCUGAUGUUGGCGGUGCUCGUGCUGCCGCUCUUCGUCUAUUCGGAGUUCCAGGAUGGUGUAUGGACCCUCAACACUACCAUCUGUGAUGGUCUCAUGACGAUGGAUGUUAUGUUGUGUACUGCCUCCAUCUUCAAUCUCUGCGCUAUCAGCAUUGACAGGUUCAUCGCUGUGUCAAUCCCGCUCAACUACAACAGGAAGCAUGUGGACCUGCGGCAAGUUGUUUUGCUGUCAGCCACCUGGAUCCUGGCCUUGGCUGUAGCCUCGCCAAUCAUCUUUGGCAUCAACAAUGUCCCAGGCCGCGAUCCCAGCGAAUGUAAACUAGAGAACGAUGACUAUGUUCUGUAUUCUUCCGUCUGCUCCUUCUUCAUCCCCUGCCCUAUCAUGCUGCUGCUGUACUGUGGCAUGUUCCGCGGCCUGCGACGAUGGGAGGAGGCACGUAAAGCCAAGCUGAAGGACAGCAUCCAGGCAUGCCGCAAGCUGCAGGAGGCCACAGCCACGUUGCCUCCUCUGGCUUCGCUGCCACCUCUGCUGCCUCCCAUUAUAGAGCGAGACCCAGCAGAUACUCUUGAUGAAGCAUCCACCCUGCAGUCCCCAGACCUGCCCCCGACCUCAACAGAGAACAAAGACGGCCCUGUGCCAGCGGUCAGUUUUGCAGAGAUUAAGUUCAACCACGACCCGCGCAGAAGAAAAAGGGCCAAGAUCAACAGCCGCGAGAGGAAGGCUAUGAAGGUGCUUCCUGUCGUUGUGGGUGCCUUCCUAUUCUGCUGGACUCCUUUCUUUGUCCUCCACACAAUGCGAGCACGCUGUCAAGAGUGCCACAUCCCGCCAGCCCUAAUGAGCGUGGUGACGUGGCUGGGCUAUGUCAACAGUGCCCUGAACCCCAUCAUAUACACUGUCUUCAACACUGAGUUCAGGAACUUCUUCAAAAAAGUCCUCCAGCGCUGUUGCUCAUAGAACUACUGGAGUGGACGCUGCUCCGUGGACCAUUCUUAAACGCACAACAGCUGCAAGAGAUGCUGCUGACUGUUGAUAUACUGUCUUUUUAUGUUGCCAUGGUUUCCUUCCUCUGUGAGGUUUUUAUUUUUCUACAUUUGAUGACAGCAAAGUGUGUUUGAGCUUCAUGUUUCAUGUGAAGAAGCUAUUCUCUUAGUCUAUAAGGUGGAUCAAUAGCAUUUUUGCCAUACACAACUUAUUUUAUAUGUUGAAAUUCAUCUUUUCAGAAUAAAUGUUUUUGCUGAAAAUACACAUUAAUAAGAACAGUCUCUUUCAGAGUUUGAGGCCCGCUUGAGAAAAUGUUGACGAGUGCACAGAUGAAUCCAAGAUGUAGGUGGAAGCAGACGGGCCACCAUUACACCGUCAUAAAAUCAUUUGUAAGCCCUUUUGCCAGGAAAGUAGUUGAAAAUGUAGUCAUCAAAUGCCACUGAAAGGUUUUAAUCUGCCAUGGUGGAGUGUGAUGUAGUGAGGACCCAAAUGCAGGUAGAGUGAGCUGGAGUAUGAACAAAAAGCCAGCUGUUUAUUUAGGCUGGUAACCCAAUAGCAAAACCAAACGGAAAUCAUGAUCAAAACUGGAGCACUAGGGAUUCUAGGGAAUACAUGGGAUUUAGGAAUUUUUAUACACAAAAAUAAUCUCAUUAAUAACUCAAAACACCAUAAAUACAAGAAUCUAAAAAUAAAUCCAACACUUGAGCAGAAACCCAGGGUCCAUGGCAAUAAUCCUCUUAACCUCCCAAAGCUAAGUUGUUUUUGUUUUUGUGUUGUUCUUUAGUGUUAAACUGUUCACACCGCACAUUACACAUCUAUUCCAUUAAAGUCAUAACAACAGACUUUAUGAUUCAAGUCAUCAGGUAGCAGGUAAUUCCCACUAGGCUGAAUGAGCUAAUCCAGUCAAUGCCUUCAGACUGAGGUCAAAUGAGUUCCCUCUGCCCAAGACUUGUUCUAUUACUGACUAACGUUUUUAAGACUGAAAGCUGGGGGCGUGGCCACUUGAUCAAUAUGUGGACACUGUGUGUUGCAGUUCACUUCUUGUUGGAUUCACUUAAUUGGAUUUCUGCUGUGUUUGUGUUGCUGAUGCCUUUUGGAUUUUUUUGUUUGUUUCUUUGUUUUUUUAUGGAAUUAUCUGAUAUAUAACAUGGUGAUAUAUAACAUUAUUCUUCAGAUUUUAAGAAUGAAAUUCAUGUUGCAAACAUAUGUGGUGUUUGUAGAUGAAGAUCAGAUCCCCAGCAGCUAGAACACUAAUCCCGCGGCUUUAAAAUGAGUGCACAAUCCAAAUGGUGACGCCAAGGUGGCUAUGUCCAUCUCAUAUAUACAGUCUAUGGUUAUUUUGAGUGGAAAUGGUCACAUGUAGGUUAAUAUUGCUGUCAUGACCCAAGAAAACAAUUCCUAAGCAACCAUAUUCAGACAUGGUAAAAAGUACACAAGUACGCUUUCAAUUCUUAAGUUUUACAUAGUAGGACAUGAGCCCCCCCCCCCCCAAACUAAAACCAAUCAUAACCCGAACAUCACAUGACAUAUUACUCCACAAUGUCAUUAUGUAUUUAAGAAUUCAUUGAGGUUUGUGGUUUUAUGUACAUCUCUCACUUUGGGCCAAGCUUUCGCUGUCAGAGAGAUGGUCACACAUUUGACUCUGUAAUACUUUAGGAGUUUAUGACUGAGUCAAAUCAUUGCCCUUCCACAACCCUGCUUGACAGUUGGUGUGAGGUGUAUGCGGUACUGGGCAUUAUGAGAAAAAAUCAUUACUUUUGGUCUCAUCGCCCGAAAGGACGUUGUUCCAGAAGUCUUGCAGUCUGUUUAGAUGCAGCUUUGCAAAAAUAAACUGUGCUGCCAUGUUCUUCUUCUUCUUUUUUCUUUUUUUUCCUGGCAACACUUCCAAACAAGCCAUACUUGUUCAGUCUUUUUCAAACUGUACUGCCAUGAACUUGCAAAAUGUCUGCUUUUAUAGAGGUGGACACACGUGUUGGUGAUUCGUUAGUCAAGUGCAUUUGAUUAGCAGCACCUGGCUGCUAUAUAACCUCUUAAUUCCUAUGGAAGCAGUAAGGCUGUACUUAGGUUUUCACAUUGUUUUUGCAUUUUUCUUAAAUAAAUAAUGAUACUGAG